CAGAUCAGCACAAGGGUGUCGCUAGCCCCUAAGAUACUGGACACAAUUAGCACAAGAUGAGUUUGGGCCAUGGAGAACGCACCUCAUGAUAAUACAUGUAUCACAAGUACAUGUGGGUACAUAUGAUGGAGUACUCUGAGAUGUAGCCAACCAGAUCCAGUAUCACAACCAGUGCCACAUGCCUGUGGACCAGCAGGGGAUAUCUCAUUAACACCAAUACCAUGCUCUGUCCAAAGAAGAAAACAAUCCUCCUUAUUAAAGCAGGCUGUGCUGUUGUUGUCCUAUACACUAUUAUGAGAUACAGCCUGAAUGCUGUGUUACCCAAACAACAUCAGACCAUCCAUAUACCUAGCCAAGAGGUUGUGAAUCAUGAAAUCCCCUCAGUUAGGAAGAUUGUAGCUGGAAAUUCACAGGUGGGGUGUCCCAGUAGGGCACCCCCACCGUGGUAUGGUGGUAAUCAAAUGGACCCCUCUGUGAGAUGUCAGCGUAUCCCCCCUGCUCCUAAUUCUUGUCAGUUGGCAGAGAAACUUUUCAAAGGGAAGACUGUAGACACCUGUGAUCAUCAAACAGAAUAUGUUUUUUGCAAGAUCAAGAAAAUCUCAGUGGAGGAUUACCAUGUUAAGUGCAGUGGUAGUGAAAUCAAGAAGACUUGUGUAGGGGACAUCCAACUGGGAGUCAUCAAUGAAAAGACUGGAGAAACCAAGUGGACAGAUUAUACUUCAACCGGAUCCCUUGAAGAAGCUCUUGCCAAAUUGAUCCAUCCUUCGUCACCAAAGAGACAUUUUGGACUUUGUUUUUUACGUUGCAUUCUCAAAAGACAACAGGGUCAAGAGGCAAUGGGCAAAGAUAUGUCUAUUAGCAAGGACAGUUUUUUCUUGGACUAUGCGACUCAGCUGUUGCUGCUGCCACCACAGUUAAAAACACAAUCAUCGUCUCAACUACUACAAUCUCAGUCCCAGAACAAUCACAUAAACUUUAAUCUCAUUUUUAUUGAUUCCGUAUCUCAUCCACACUUCCAAAGAUCUAUGCCAAAAACAAUCGAAGCUUUGAGCAAAAUUCAUCACAGAAAAGAAAAGAAGAUGUUUGUGUUUGAAUAUGAACUGUUUCAAGCCAUUAGAUCAAGAACUUAUGAGACUAUCCAAGCACUGUUUUCUGGAGAAGCAGAUGUGGAUAAAAAGCCAUUUGCUGUAUUAGAUAUGCCACCAAAGCCUCUGAAAUAUCAAGAACUGUUUGGCCCUUUGAGAAAACAUGGUUACUCAACACUUUUUUUGGAAGAUCUGUGUUGGAUAAGGGAAUGGGGUGUAGGGAAAGAUCUUCUCGUGUAUAAUGAAAGUUUGUCAAGGCAGGACAUGUGGAGAAAACUGCUUGAGGCACUGGACAAGGCAGCAAUUGAUGGCUUUGACAUUACCUAUGCAAGCUGCCCAAUUUUAGAAUUCUAUGGUGAAAAGGACCCAUUUUUUCAUCUCCCUGUUGUGUGUUAUAAUGGCCGUCACCAUCAUCAGUAUAUUCUCGACUACUUGACAGAAUUCCAAAAUUUGCACACUGUAAUACAAAAGCCAUAUGCUACGUUUGCCACUACAAAUGUUGGACACGAUGAAUAUGGCACUAGAAUUCAAACAUUAGACCCAGACCUGGCAAAGUACGUGGAGGUUGUCUCCAGCCAGGAAAACACAAUCACAGUUCUGUUCUCCGACCAUGGGAACGCCUAUGGACGAUUUGUAGAACAGAGUAUUGAAGGGAGACUGGAGGUGUACCACCCUUUUCUUUACAUCCUCAUCCCUGAACCAGUAGCCAGCCAGCUGGGACCUAAGGCUGUGAAAAACCUAAAAAUCAACCAGCAGCGACUUGUCAGUAUAUUUGAUGUGCAUUACAUGCUACGUUCACUUCUUCCAAAGAAAACUCCACCUUCACCUCAAGCCACUGCCCUUGCCAAGCUGUUCAACAUACCACCCCGGGGGCUACUGGACAUAGUCUCUGCCAAUAGAACAUGCGAUGAUAUCCCACGACUUCCCCCCAGUCUGUGCAUAUGUGAGGGCUACGAGACUAUGGUGUCUAAUGAUACAUACCAUGCACUGGUGGCAGAGUUUGCUCUAGGACAGCUGAAUAACUUGAUCACUGACCAGUUUCACAAUGUGGAUUUGGCAGCUAAGUCGGGGUACGGGACCUGCAGGCGUCUGGUGGCCACUAGGUUUGAGAAUGUCAAGGAGAUGAGGAAAAUGGGCACAAAUGGGGUUUACACUGUCACAACAAAAUUUGAUUUGUAUGUGACAUCCUUUGACAAAUAUCAGCACAGGAAAGAAAAGCCGUAUACGGAGGAUAUUUUCUUCAUCACAGUAAACUCCUACCUCGGCAAGACAACGAAAUUAGUACUUAGAAAUUAUGAGAGGAUAACUUCCUACUCUAAAUACGGCGAGUGUGCAGACCAAGGUGUCAGUCUCAAAUUAUGCAUUUGCGAUACAGAGAAAACAGAGAGAGAUUUUAAUUUUAAUCGCCCCGUUAAUUGGGUCGAUGAACUGCCGCAAUUACGCAUGUUAAAUGCUAAAACCAGUAUUUUUGUCCCUGCUGAAAGUGAAGAUGGAAACUGCUUGAAAGUUUUCUUAAGAAGGCAUGGAAAUGGUGCUAGCUUUGAGAUUGCUAAUGUUUGCCUUUCGAAACAGGUUGAAGUAAAAAUGGAUUUUGUUAUGAAGAAUAUGGACGCUUCUUCCCCAUUACCUGCCGAGUGUGUGCUUUACCCAGGACAGAUAAAGUUUGUUGUCACGGUAACACAAAAAGUGGAACAUUUAAAAUGGGAGUGGAAUUUCAACUUGAGCAUGAAAACGUCAGAGGUAGACACAGUGUAAACAUACUCAGCGUUGAUAUUUUGAGAAUAAAAUGCAAAAUGUGCAAGACAAGCCUUCCACACAGAGCUGAUGAAAUCUGUAUUGUUUGUCAAAUGGGAUGUAUUUAGACUUUUUAAAACAUUUUAAAUGUAUCAGCUGUAGGGUCCAUUUCCAAAACAGAAUGAGAACGAAGCAUAUUCCUUUGAGAUAAUGUUUGAGGUCAAACAACUUGGCUGAAUUUGCAGAGGGUUUUACUUUAAAUUUGAAGUGCAAUUUACUUAAUUUAAAGAUGUAAUAUUAGUAAUUUUUGAUUAUAAAUGUUGUAUAUCACCAUUUUCUUAAUGCCAAAAUGUGAAAUUUUGAGUUAAAUUUUGAUUUUACACAUUUCUAUUUUUAUUGUAUUCCUAGGGUACCAAGGUACAUGUGAUAAGUACUAGUAUAGAAUAUUUACAAGGUUAAGGUUGUAUGUUUAUUCCGAUGCAAAGACCCUGAUUUGAUAGUAAAUUUCAUUUUGUAUUCUAAAUUGUUGAAUACACUCCUAUUUAUUCAUUUGUUUUUCGUUUCCAAUCUGAAAUUUCUUCUUAAGGCCAGUGCAAAUAGUCAUACAACCACCUACUUGUAGUGAUCACUAGUAAGUUGUUUGUAAAACUUUUAGUUGUCAUAAUAAUGUUUUAGUUGACACCUAGAAUUAGAAUCAGUUGAGAUUGUAUUUAUGAUUUUUUAUUUAUUGAUAUUAUUCUUCUACACUACUGUAAUAGAACGAGGGACAGCAA